CACGUCAUCAGUCGCUUGGCUCUGAUAACUCCACCUGAGCCACCGCCGUUAUCUGGUCAAUUUCCCGCGUCUACGACACAUAAACGCGUGGAUAGAAAACCUGUCAGUUUGGUCGUCAUUGUGCCAAGAUGAGGCGCGGCGUUGUGGGCGAAGGAGGACCCGGGAGCUAUGUGGCCAGUGGACACAGCGUCCAUGAGGAGGAGAACGAUCGCCUGCAGGAGGGGCUGAGAUACAAAGUUAGCGCCAUGAAAAGUCUUGCAAUCGACAUCGGGACAGAAGUCAAGUACCAAAAUAAAAUGCUGAGUGAAAUGGACAGCGAUUUCGACUCGACAGGCGGUCUCCUUGGCGCCACCAUCGGCAGAGUCAAACAGCUGUCCAGAGGCAGCCAGACAAAACUCUUGUGCUACAUGCUGCUCUUCUGCUUCUUCGUCUUCUUCAUCCUCUAUUGGUUCAUCAAGCUGCGAUGACAGCGGUGACAUGUUGGGCUUCAGACCACGGAAACGUCCACUGAAGCUCUUAUCGAGUGAGGUUGUGCUCAUGUAUUCGCGACAGGAUCGAUGUCAUCAACAGGAGGGACUCCAGUAGUGAGCAUCUCUUUACAGUCAUAACCAGACAUUGAGCAAUGACAAGUCCUUGAUAUUGUAUUAAAGUUAGACUGAAAACAGAUACAUGCAGCACAUAAUCUAGUUUUGUUGCGCUCAAUAAACUGUCUUAACGGUUUCUACAACCCAGUGAAGACCAAGAGUGAUAUUCUUCUUGUGGGAAAAUUGUUUUAUUGUAAAUAAACAAAUUUUAUUAUGAACAUUUUUUGUCAGUGUGGUGAUAGAUCUGGCAGCUCUGCCUUUUAUGAAAACAUAGAUUACAAAUAUUAGGCUUCUUAUUAACGUCUUAUUUCAGUUUCAGAUGAUGAACACAAUGAACAAGAUGUUUGUGAGACCUACUCACAUCAGAAAAGGCCUUACGAGUAGCUGGUGUAACUGCACUUUGUGAUUAUAACCUUCACCAAUAAAGAUUUGCGGGUGAGUUACCGAUGACAUCACUUCUUGGGAAGCAUGUCCAUAUACUUGCUGAUGAUCCCCAGCAUGACCUCAUCCGCUCCGCCACCGAUCGACACCAAUCUGGAGUCCCUGCGACAAAGAACCGAAAGUUUGUCUUCAUUGCAUAAAUGGGAGGAUCGUGUCACAACAAGCUUCACUGUCAUUUCCUUAUCAACGGCUGCAGUCACCUGCUCAGGCUUGUCACCCUUCACAACUGACUCGCCUAAAUGGAGAUCAGCUGAGGUCAUCCUCACGAGAUGCCUUCACCAUCAUCAUGUUUUCAACUCUUCUGAUAGAUCAGGAGGAAUCGCUUCCUAACUUGCCCCAACACUAGAUGGCAGCACAGAGUCGACUUCAAACGUCAAGUCGACCUACUAAAACAAAACCAUGAGAAAUAUUGGCGCUCAGCCGGAGGCUGAUCACGAUUGCAAAUUAUCAAAAUAUCAGGUAACACGCUGCGGAUGGGAGGUGUCAAUCAUCCGCUCCAACUUUGGCUCAGAGUUACUUCACUGAAGAUACAAAAUGACACAUCUCCAAGCAAGCACAUCUACCAAGUAGAGCUGUCGCACCCUGUGAUUGACACGAACACUCAGGCUGAUAACAGCAGCGAAUAACAUGUUGGUGGGUUGUGAGGGAGCUGGAGUUUAACCUUGGUGUUACUUGGUGUGUGAGUCGCCAAUUCCUCAGCUCCUCACUUUACGGUGUUUCCAUUAUUUUGUCCAAUCCCUGUUGUUACAUUUUUUGGACCGAAAAAAAAAAAA